AUGAAGCAAAAAAAGGGUGUUUUAUUUUUCCUCUUUCAGAUUUUCCAAUUUCUCCGAGGGAGAUGCUCCCGCCAGAACAGGGGCUACAGCAAUGGCAUCUCCUCGCACUACGGAGGCACACCGAGCCUGCAGGGACGUGGCUCCUUCUUCUGCAGUGGAGAAGGCUCCAUCAUCUAUAGCCGGGGAGCUGUGCCCACAUCCUCCCCCUAUAGCACCACAGGGGAGAGCAUGCCCGGCAGCGAUGGGGUUGUUGUAGUACCUGGGGGUGAUAGUGAGGGGGCAUCAGGCUGGAGUACAACAGGGGGGACAGUUCCAACCUACAGGCCCCGGGGGGCAGCGGGGUAUGGCACCGAGGACACGGGAUGGAGCAUGGCUGGUGGUUCAGGGGGUGGUGGAGGAGCUGGAUGCUACAGCGGGAGAUUGGGUGUCGGUACUGGGAGAGGCUCCAGCUAUGGGUACGAUGCAUCGCAGAGACAAAAGGCUGUGACCACAAGUGCUGGACAGGGGCUGUAUGGCGGAGCAUCAGGCUAUGGCACCAGUGGAGAACUCAGCUCUGGAGGUGCUGGGACCGCACAGAUCACGCAGCAGAAGUGCCCUGUGGUUGUCCCUGACAUCGAGCCCCAACAGAUCAAGCAGAGCUGCCAGUGGCUCCCCAGCCAGAAGAAGUGA